AUGGCACGUCUAAAUUCGCCGUCGUCGACGACACUCGAGGGCGCGGCUGAGAGUCAGCCCAUCGAACAAAAUACCAAAAUCAGCUAUGUGCGCGGUAUGCUAGACCUGGCCGGCGUCACUGAUGCAGUUCUAAAUCACCACUACGUUGGUCAAGGGACGGAAGAAUCACCGUACAUUGUCGAGUUCCUGCCCGAUGAUCCCUGGAACCCCGUGGGCUUCUCGAGGUCGCGGAAGUGGCUCAUCACGAUUGUCCAGGCCGUGGCAACGCUGUCCGUGUCCUUUGCCAGCUCGGCAUUCUCUGGUGGUAUAAGCACAGUCCUGACCGAGUUCAGGGUCUCUCAGGAGGUCGCCAUUCUGGGUGUCUCCAUGUUCGUUUUGGGCUUUGCCAUAGGGCCGCUAAUCUGGGCACCCCUCUCGGAGAUUUAUGGCCGGCAGAUGCUAUUCUUCAUCACAUACAUGGCCCUCACUGCGUUCGAGGCCGGCGCAGCUGGUGCCCCAAAUAUUGAAUCUCUCGUUAUUCUUCGAUUUUUGGCCGGUGCCUUUGGAUCGUCUCCGCUCACAAAUGCAGGCGCCGUUAUUGCCGACAUGUUCAAGGCGGAAGAGCGCGGCAUCGCCAUGGGAAUCUUCGCCAUGGCUCCCUUCUUGGGUCCGGCGAUUGGGCCGAUUGCAGGUGGGUUCCUUGGUGAGAAGCAUGGAUGGCGAUGGGUGCAGGGCAUGAUUGCCAUUUUCAAUGGCGUUCUCUGGAUUGUCAGUACUGUCGUAUAUCCCGAGACCUACUCACCCGUCAUUCUGAAGAAGCGCGCCAAAAUCCUGUCGGAGAAGACGGGCAAGGCCUAUAUGUCAAAACUCGAUAUUGGUCAGCCCCAGAUGGCUAUCAGUGCACAGCUGAAGGCUGCAUUGGUCCGUCCUUGGGUAUUACUGUUUGCUGAACCCAUUGUUCUCAUCACCUCGGUUUAUAUGGCCAUUAUCUAUGGAACGCUCUACCUUUGCUUUGCUGCUUUCCCCAUUGUCUAUCAAAUGGGCAGAGGCUGGAGCCCCGGGAUUGGCGGUCUAGCCUUCAUUGGUAUUGCCGUGGGAAUGACGAUUGCGGUGGCUGGUGUCAUCUUCGAUAAUAAACGGUACACUGACACUGCCGCCAAGCAUGGUGGAAAUCCUCCACCCGAGGCGCGUCUGCCUCCUGGUAUGGUCGGAUCCCUUCUCGUCCCCAUCGGCAUGUUCUGGUUUGCUUGGACCAACAGCUCAGACAUCCACUGGUCUGUAUCCAUUAUUGGAUCUGGCGUCUUUGGUUCAGGCAUCGUGCUCAUCUUCCUCUCCUUGAUGGCCUAUCUCGUUGAUACUUAUGUCAUCUAUGCUGCUUCGGUGCUGGCAGCAAACUCGGUCUUGCGUUCGGUGUUUGGUGCCGUUUUCCCCCUCUUCACACCUUACAUGUACGAAGACCUCGGAAUCCAUUGGGCCUCGUCUAUACCGGCCUUUCUUGCGGCCGCGUGUGUGCCAUUUCCUUUCCUCUUCUACUACUACGGCGACCGCAUUCGUGCCAGGGGCAAAUAUGCUCUGGAGGCCGAGACAUUGUUGAACAGGACCAGAUCAAAGAGAGGAGACGAGAGCGAGGAAGGACUCAAUCGUGAAGAGAUACGUCUGGAGAGGAUCAUGAGCAAUACCCACACAGUCUAA